AUGGAAACGGGUGAAGUGAAGAAAUACUCCUCCAAGUUCGACAUAAAGGGGAUUUGUAUGACCAGCGAGAAUUGCGAAAAAGUGUGCAGGAUCUGUUUGAAGGCAAUUCGGGAAAACAAGCUGGAGAAGGAUAUAGCUAGCCAAAUAAAAAACAAGUGCGAAAAUGAUGAGCUGUUAAAUAAAGAAAAUUCAGAUGACCACACGAAUUAUCUUCGCAUGGAGGACAGUUUAAAAAAUCAGAACAUCGGAUCUUGGCAGUGCAUCGUCGGGAAGAACUUUGCCUUUUCUAUAAACUACCAGUUUAACUGCAUGUUGUAUUUCCAGCACAAAAUUUCCAAGUUGGCCAUUUUGGUGUACAAAUCGGUUUGA